GGCGCGGGCGCCAUGUUGGAGGGCUGCUGAGCGCGGGGUCUCCGUGUGUGCGCGGCGGCCGGAGCCCGUUUGCUGGCGCGGGCUGGGGGCGGGCAGGAGGAGGGGAGCGGCGCGGAGCGACGCCCGGGCGGAUCAUGGACGUGGAGCGGCUGCAGGAGGCUCUGAAAGAUUUUGAGAAGAGAGGCAAGAAGGAAGUGUGCCCAAUACUGGAUCAGUUUCUUUGUCAUGUUGCUAAGACUGGAGAGACCAUGGUACAGUGGUCUCAAUUUAAAGGCUAUUUUAUUUUCAAACUGGAGAAAGUAAUGGAUGACUUCAGAACCUCAGCUCCUGAGCCAAGAGGCCCCCCCAAUCCAAAUGUGGAAUAUAUUCCCUUUGAAGAGAUGAAAGAGAGAAUUCUGAAAAUUGUCACUGGAUUUAAUGGUAUCCCGUUCACUAUUCAGCGACUCUGUGAGUUGCUGACAGAUCCUAGGAGGAAUUACACAGGAACAGACAAAUUUCUAAGAGGUGUGGAAAAGAAUGUCAUGGUUGUCAGCUGUGUAUAUCCAUCUUCGGAGAAAAAUAAUUCCAGUAGCUUAAAUCGGAUGAAUGGUGUUAUGUUCCCAGGAAAUUCACCAGGUUACUCUGAGAGAUCUAAUAUAAAUGGCCCUGGAACUCCCAGACCAGUAAAUCGACCGAAGGUUUCUUUGUCAACUCCUAUGACAACAAACGGUUUGCCAGACAGUGUGGAACAUAAAGAAUCAAACUUGCAGCAAACAGAAGAAAAAAAACACAGGUUUGAGGAUGAAUCACCAGCAUCUGAAUCAGAAGGUGCUCAAAGCAGCCCAGUAAAGAAUAAGCACUCUGAAGAUGAUCCUAUAGAAGCAGAAGGACAUGAGGUAAAAAGACUUAAAUUUGACAAAGAAGGGGAAGCCAGAGAUGCACCUAACCAAACUGCCUCCAGUGAAGUUUCUUUAGGCAUGGGAGAAGAGACAGAAACAUCCUCUACAUCUCAGGAUAAGGAAAAAGAUGCUGCUUGUGCCAGACAGCACUGUACAGAGGAAGAGGAGGAAGAGUCCUUCAUGUCUCCAAGAAAUGUUGGUCCAGACAGAAGAGAUCAAGACAAAGAUAGUGAAUCCUCAACUGUGAAUGAAGAGACCUCUGAGGAAAACAAUCAAAUGGAGGAGUCUGAUCAGUCUCAAGCAGAGAAGGUUUUACAUUCAGAUGACAGUGAAAAUAGUGGAGCUGACUGCAGUGGAGCUGACUGCAGUGAAACGGAAGAGAUAGGGUCCUAUGCUAGUGAAACUCCAGAAAUUUCAUCAGAGACCCCUAUGGAAAACAGUGAUGAAGCCACAGAAGUUGCAGAUGAACCUAUGGAGCAAGACUAAUUUAAGUACACCUAGAUGCAGUAUUUUCCAUAAGGCUCCAGUUUUACACUGUAUAAAUAAUUUUAUGUAAUAAAGUGGACCUUUAGUUUUACAAAAAGAAGCAGGUUGUAAAAUAAAACUUCUCCAUGGAUUGAACCUUGAAAGAGUUGUACAUGAUAAGAACUGUGAAUACCAGCUCCUUCAGGUCCUGCUUACCGCUGAACUUUCGUUUGGUCAAAUCAGUGGUUUGUGUAUAGUUUUUUUUAUUUAGAAUAAAAGUUUUUAAACUGGAAGGUAAUUAUAAUUUUGACAACUUUUUUGGAGAUUACCACACCUAGUUGUAUGUAAGCAAGAAAGCUUUGUCUCGUCUUUUUCUGACAGCUAUAGCAGUUACUUCAUAUUUUGGUUACAGUUUCAACACUCAACAUGUGAAUUAUGGGGUUUCAUGCUGGUUUCCAGAUUUUUAUUUGAAUACACACUAUGAAACUUCAUGCUGUGUGUUUAAAAUGUGUUACAUUUCUCACACACAUAUAUAUGCACGCACAUGUAUGUGUACCCUCACAGUUCUAAGGGGGAAAUGUUAUAUUUUUCUGUUUCUGUAAAAGAUAAAUACAGCAAAUACUUUUUCUAUAGGAAAAGACUGCAUUCACCUCUCAAGGCACUUUGUUUUGCCUCUGAAAAACAAAUGAAAUCUGGCCCAUAUGAAACCCUGGAAAUACUAACGUUAUUGCAAACACCAGAGUAAACACAUUCCAAGAAAACUGUUCAAAUUACAACAUUUUUGUAUACUUCUGAGGUGCCUGAGUGAAAGGAUUUCAUUUAUUUAUGAGAAAAUGUGCUUUAUGUUGAGAACGUAAUGUAAUCAAAACAUUAGCUUAAACUUUUGUAGAAGAAAUGUUUGAAAAUAUGAUAAGAAAAUAUCUUGGAAGAAAUGAACAGGUACUUGCCUUUUUGAGUGUUUCUUGGAGCAUUGUGAAUAUUAUAGAGAAGUCUCAGAAUUAUUUUAAAGUAUGCAAACGGCAUUAGUAUGAUCACACUGCUGUAUUGGAAGAAUUAAUACAUGACCUUAGUUAUGUACCUGAGCUAAGUUGACUAAAAGGUAUGGGGUGCAUAGAAAUCACCAUGAUUUGUACAACAUUUUGGAAGUGAACUAAAUAUUUUUGAACAUGCUACUUGGACAGCCAGUGUUAUAUUUUUUCCAAACCAGCUCAAAGCACAACUACUGCUUUAAACUCAAUAUUUUCCAAUUCUCAUCUUUAAAGACAUGCAAGCUGCAACUUCCCAGUCACAAUUACUGGCUGCCAAAUUUAUACCUGUUUCUUCAACUGUACCUUUUUGAUAUUUAGAAUUUUUAAAUUUCUGUAAAGUAGAUUUUUGUAGAUUGUAAUGAGUGCUCACUGCCAUUGUGAAACGGUAUAUAAUUGUAUAAUUUCUGUGUGUAAACUGAAUGCUUGGGCUUUCAAUACAGUAUUCAUAUAAAGCAAUAAAUAUUAAUGUUAUGAAAUAUCUGAGUACAUUUUUAUCAGAAUUGUCCCUCUUUGGUUUUAAGUUCACAUACCUGAAGUACAAAAAUGACCUCUAAAAUGCAUGCUCAUGGUUUCUUGUACUACAUGGAAUACUUUAUAUUUUGGGAGGAGUGUGUGGGGGAGAAAUCCAGGUUUUGAGUAACACUAGAAUAAUUUGGCUCAGUUUGAAUAUUUAUAAAGUAACGUAUUGCUGACUUUACCCUUGAAAUUUAAGCAGACAGUGGCUUCAGGGAGAUGCUUGCCAAAAAGAAAUCCUGUUGUUUGAGAUCCCCUUACAAAAGGAAAAUCAUACUUUAUUGACUCAUUUUUAUUGUGCUGAAGGGUUGGACGUGUAUUACAGAAUUCAAAGGACUGAACCAAAAUGUUGGAAUUAGGAAAGUUUACAAUGUAGUGACAUCUUGCUUUUUUGUUUUGGGGGAAUAUUUUGCCAAUGAGAACAAAAUUUUUAAAUUUCUAAGUUUAGAGUUUUCUGAAUUUUUCUUUAGAAUGUUUAUUUGUGAAGCUGUUGUCAAUAAACUUGUUCUUUAAGCACCUA